CACCAGUGUCGGCUCCCGAGGGCUGGGAAGCCGGCGGCCGGGGUUGCGGAGUGGGAACGGCGGCGGCGAGAAGAGAAUUGAACAGAAGUCGACCGUGUGGGGAGUUGGAGUGACCCAGCUGGAUGUGACCACCAGGACAGAAUGGUGCUGGACUCAGGGGCUCAGGUGUAUGAGCAGGCACCCCCCAGCCCGCCAUCCAGUCCCUCAUCCUUGGGCCACAGGCUGAGGCCCUCAGACCGAGAUGGGACAGCACUGUACCCCUGGCCUCGGUCCCUGGCCUUGCCCCUGGCUCUCUCAGUCCGCUCAGCCCUGCGGCCCCGGCCUGAGCCGCAGCCCUUCUCAGAGCUGCACUUGGGCCACCGUGGCCACAUGCGUCGCAGUGAGAGCACCUACACCGUAAACAGUAUUGGCCGGCGGGGGGGCAGCACCCAGGGUCGGGCGCCACCUGGACAGGGACGGGACCCAGGUGGGGGCACCCUGCGGCCUGCGGCCUCCCUGCCUCACAUUGCUAAGACUCGCAAGGGUGCAGGCCGUGGUGCCAGCAAGAGCCCCUGCAUGUUGGUGGCCCUGCGGCCAACCAACAUGGACCGUGAGCGGGACAAGUUCUUCCAGUCCCAUUACACCUACAACCCACAGUUCGAGUAUCAGGAGCCCAUGCCUACGGCUGUGCUGGGGAAGUACAGUGAGGCCUCUGGACAGUUCCUCCAUCAGGCGGUUGGCAUCAUUGAGGCUGUCCUGGAGAAGUUUGGUACCUAUGAACGCUUUGAGGCUGCGACUGGGGGCCAGCUGCUGACCAAGUGCCAGAUCUGGUCCAUUGUGCGCAAAUACAUGCAGAAGGAGGGCUGCGCUGGGGAGGUUGUGGUGCAGCUGAGUGAGGACCUGCUGUCCCAGGCAGUGAUGAUGGUGGAGAACAGCCGACCAACAUUGGCCAUCAACCUGACUGGAGCCCGCCAGUAUUGGUUGGAGGGCAUGCUGCGGCACGAGAUAGGUACCCACUACCUGCGGGGCGUGAACAACGCGCGGCAGCCGUGGCACAGCGCCGAGGGCCGGCUGCAGUAUGGGCUGCGGCCAGCGAACCCCACCGAGGAGGGCCUGGCCAGCCUGCACAGUGUGCUGUUCCGCAAGCAGCCCUUCCUGUGGCGCGCCGCGUUGCUCUACUACACCAUCCACCGCGCCGCGCACAUGUCCUUCCGCCAGCUGUUCCAGGACCUGGCGCGCUACGUGCAGGACGCCGACGUGCGCUGGGAGUACUGCGUGCGCGCCAAGCGCGGCCAGACUGACACCUCGCUGCCCGGCUGCUUCAGCAAGGAUCAGGUGUACCUGGAUGGCAUCGUGCGCAUUCUGCGGCAUCGCCAGACCAUCGAUUUCCCGCUGCUGACCUCGCUGGGCAAGGUGUCCUAUGAGGAUGUAGAUCACCUUCGGCCCCAUGGGGUGCUGGACAAAACCCGGGUGCCCCACUUCAUGCAGGACUUAGCACGCUACCGGCAGCAGCUGGAGCACAUCAUGACCACCAACCGGCUGGAUGAGGCAGAGCUGGGCCGCCUGCUGCCUGAUGACUGAUACUGCUUGAGGGCUACAGGCAGGGGCCCUGGAAAGAGGGCUCCAGAUCAGCCCCCAGAACAUGAAGCUGGCUGCUCUGUGCUUCCACAGCCUGCGUGUUUCUUGGGGAAUGGGGAGGGCAGAAGCAUUUCAGGAGGGAGGAGAGGCAACAGCAGAGAGUUUGUGCCCCUUGCUAGCCUCCUGGGACCCUGAAGGCCAACAGCAGCAUGUCAGGCAAACUAAAUCUGCCCUCCUGUCUCCAGCUGCCUUUUGAGCAGAGGAAAAGCCUGGGGGCAGGAGGGAAGCUGGAUGGGGAUGAGGGGGUGGCUUGGGAGUAGAAACUUGUUCUUGCACGAGAUGGCUUUGGGUGUCUGCAUACUCCAGUCCUUUCCUCCCCACCUGGCCCCUUGGUGCUCCUUCAGCUUUCAUGCUGUCUACCUCUCACUGGGUCCUGGUGGGGAUCUCCCUUCUUCUGGGGGUGACUGCCUGAGCCUGAGGUCCUGGCUUUCACACAGACUCAAGGAGCAGGGAUCCUGGUAGUAGAGACCCAGCUGGGCUGGGGUGUGCUUUCCAGCAUUUUGCCUCUCCCACUGUCAUGUAUUUAUUCCUUAUUUAUGUGCUCUACUUACUGGGGCUGGGACGCAGCAGUUUCUGAAGGUUUGAUGGAGGGAAUAGGGCUCCUCUGGAAGGCACCAAUUGUUCCUAGCUACACACACACACCCACACCCACACACCCACACACACCCACACACACCCACACCCACCCACACACACACACACACACACACACACACACACACACACACACACACACACACACACACACACACACACACACACACACACACACACACACACACACACACACACACACACACCCCUACCUUGCGAAUCAAGCUAAGAGCUCACCUGGCCCUGCCUUCAUCCCCUGCACUGGCCUCUACUGUCCCUGUCUUUGCCCACACCCUCACAGCUGGUCUCUGGCAGAGGUUGGCAUAGCCUGGCAGCAGCCACAAUUAAGCCUGAGGGGCAGGCCCCUCGUUCCUAGUUCUGAGCCCCUCCUAGACCAGGAGAGGUGCCAAGAUAACUGUUGCUUCCAGUUUCAUCUCAGACUCAGCUGUGUGAGGUUGACCCUGUCCUACUCCCUCCCUUGGCCUUAGUUUUCCCAUCUGAAAACUUGGAAACACAGCUGCAAAGUCCUUAUUCAUUUAGUCAGUGAAUAUGUAUAGAGCGCCUUCUGUGUGCCAGUUAACUGGUCACAACCCUCCCUGAGCUCCCAGUCCUGAGAGAAGCCAAUUAAAACAAUUACAAUGAA